GGUACAGAGAGACCCUCAGCCAGCCAGAGGUACAGAGACCCUCAGCCAGCCAGAAGGCACAGAGACACCCUCAGCCAGCCAGGGUACAGAGACCCUCAGCCAGCCAGGAGUACAGAGACCCUCCAGCCAGCCAGGGUACAGAGAGACCCUCCAGCCAGCCCGGGGUACAGAGACACCCUCAGCCAGCCAGGGUACAGAGAGAGACACCUCAGCCAGCCAGGAGUACAGAGGAGCACCUCAGCCAGCCCAGGAGGUACAGAGACCCUCAGCCAGCAGGAGUACAGAGAGAACCCUCCAGCCCUUGAGGUACAGAGACCCUCAGCCAGCCAGGAGGUACAGAAACACCCUCAGCCAGCCAGGAGUACAGAGACACCCUCAAGCCAGCCAGAGGUACAGAAGACCCUCCAGCCAGCAGAGGUACAGAAGAGACCCUCAGCCAGCCAGGGUACAGAGAGAGAGACCCUCAGCCAGCCAGGGUACAGAGAGAGAAACACCCUCAGCCAGCCAGGGUACAGAGAGAGAAACACCCUCAGCCAGCCAGGGUACAGAGAGAGAAACACCCUCAGCCAGCCAGGGUGCAGAGAGAGACACCCUCAGCCAGCCAGGGUGCAGAGAGAGACACCCUCAGCCAGCCAGGGUGCAGAGAGAGACACCCUCAGCCAGCCAGGGUGCAGAGAGAGACACCCUCAGCCAGCCAGGGUAGAGAGAGACCCUCGGACAAUCAGGGUACAUUGUGCAACGCCUCCCAGGACGGAGAGAGAGACACUCAGCAGAUCAAGGCUCCCAUCCAGCCAAGACAGGAAAGAAGACACCAAUCAGUUGAAACAGACCCCCAAAUAGACAGGAGACUGACAGAGACAGCCUGCUAGACAGGACUCUCCCCUGCGAUGUCUCAUGAUAUAGGCUGUGAGACCCCCACAUUGCACAGCCCCACACAGCACACUGUCUAUGUCCUGGUGGACUCCAGUGCUGACAGCAUCCAGCUGCUCAGGUAAAGCAGGUCUAAUACUCAGCACUGCUCUAUAUGCUGAUUUUGUAGUAAUUCCCACGGCAGUGAAGUACGGGCUACAUGCAUUUUCUAGUGUGGAACUCGAUCCACCUGGGAUGGGGGCACGUGACGAGAUCUGGCUGGGAUGGGAACACGUGGCGGGAUGGGGGGCACGUGACAGGAUCAGUGUUUGAUGUUUGGGCACGUAGCAGGAUGGGUGGGUACAUGGUAGAAUUUGGCUGGGAUGGGGGCAUGUGGCGGGAUCUGAUUGGGAUGGGGGCACGUGAUGGGAUCUGGGUGGGCACGAGGCGGGAUCAAACUGGGAUGAGUGGGCAUGUGGCGAGAUAUGGGCAGGCAAGUGGCGUGAUCAGAGUGGGAAUGUGGCGAGAUAUGGGUGGGCACAUGGUGGGAUUUGAGGCACGUGACGAGAUCUGGUGGGGGGCACAUGGCAGGAUCGGUGUGUGAUGUUUGGGCACAUAGCGGGAUGGGUAGGUACAUGGUAGGAUCUGGCUGGGAUUGGGACACGUGGCGGGAUCUGGCUGAGAUGGGGGCAUGUGGGGGGAUCAGAGUUGGAAUGUGGUGAGAUAUGGGUGGGCACAUGGCGGGGUUGGAGGCACGUGACAAAAUCUGGCUGGGGGCACGUGGCAGGAUUGGGCUGAGAUUGGAAGCACGUGGCAGGAUCGGGCUGGGAUAGGAGGCAUGUGGUGAGAUCUGGCUGGAAUGGGGGCACGUGGCGUGAUCCGGCUGAGAUGAGUGAGCACGUAGCAAGAUCUGGCCGGGAUGAGGACAUGUGUUGGUGAUCCAGUUGAGAGGGGCUAAUCUCUAUCUGUGAGUAGAAUGUGUAGGUAAGCUUGGUGAAUAUGUAGUGAGUGAGACCAAUCACAAUAAAAUAUAUUUAUUCUGCAAUGAACGCUGUGCAUCGCCUGUCUAUCUCAAGGAGGACACUGGGAAAAGCCUAGAGGAAUUGUGUUUCCACAAUUCUCCCAGAAUGCCCAACUCAACAUGCAAAUGAGAUCAGACAGGCAAAUGGAUGCUGUGUUGAACAGUGUUUUCAAAACAAAGUAUGGACCAGAAACUGCACAAUUUUGACUGUUUGGGUCUCAUCAGCAUCAACUCCUAGACCAAGAAACGCUGUCCUGAAAGGUGCAAACUGCGCAGUUCGUGGCGGGUGUCUGGUCAUUGGUCGCUGUGGGUCACACCAUGCUUGGAUCUCCGUGGCAGGUGUCUGGUCAUUGGUCGAUGUGGGUCAUGCCAUGCUUGGAGCUCCAUGGCGGGUGUCUGGUCAUUGGCCGCUGUGGGCUCUAACAGUUCUAUGCUCGCUUGCUCCAAGGUGUAACUUAUGGGCUGUAUACCACCGGCAGUGUUGAAUUUCGUCCCUCCUCCCAAGCAGCUAAGCCUGUCAUCAGGAGACCCGGGUACUGUAACCGAUUGACAGGCACCCCAACUGGGUACCUCCGUUGAAGGAUGCUCCUAGCGCUUCCUGAGGGCUCCAAGCACUCCAGCCGACACCAUAACCACUGUAGACUCCUCCAGAGAGCAAGGCAGGAACAAGCUCUUAAAAGAGCUUAGGAGUGAUUAUAGCAAGGGAGUAUGAGAACUUAUCGACUGGUCCCGUGAAGACCCCCAGUUGGCAGGUGGGGAUGGGACCUCGGUAUCCACCGGCCGUACAGGGAUGCUGAGCAGCCUGCCCAGCUCUCCAACCCCAGAUGGAGAUGUUAGGAGUGGGGACAGUCUGUGACGUCCUUCCUCCCCAGUGGCAGUGUGUUAUUGGGAGAAGAGAUGGUCAGUCUCUCUCCCCAGCGGCAGUGUAUCAUGCAGGGAAAAGGAGACAAACAGACUCUCUCCCCAGCGGCAGACAGACUUACUGGGAGAGGAGAGUAUUGUCCUCCAUCCCCAGCAGCAGUAUGAGUUACAGUGAGUGGAGACGGUCGGUCUCACUCACCAGCAGCAGUGUGCAACACAGGGAGUGGAGACAACUGGUCCCACUCCACAGCGGCAGGGCGAGUUAUUGGGAGUGGAAACGGUCGGUCUCAUUCCCCAGUGGCAGUGUGCAUAACAGGGAGAGGAGUGUAUCGUCCUCUCUCCUCAGCAGCAGGGUACUAUACAGGGAGUGGAGACGGUCGUUCUCACUCCCCAGCAGCAGUGUGCAACCCAUUAGGUGGAGAGUAUCGUCCUCCAUUCCCAGCAGCAGUGUGUGUCCCAGGGAGAGGAGACGGCCGGUCCCUCUCCCCAGUGGCAGGGCUUUUUACAGGGAGAGGAGACAACUGGUCUCUUUCCCCAGUAGCAGUGCAAGUUACUGGGAGUGGGGACAGCUGGUCCCACUUCCCAGCGGCAGGAGUUCACCUAGAGAGGAUAAUUGCACCCUUCAUCCCCAGCGACAACUUGGUCUACACAGAGUGGAGUGCAGCAGUUUUCCUCCCCAACAGGACCUGGGAUUUACAAACGGAAGCUUGUGGCAGGAGGCCCUCUUUACAGCUGACCCUUUUGGGAAGGGUCACUAGACUAACACAGACCCAGACCGGUUGGAGUUCUGGGGUCUGGUUAGUCUCCGCAGAAGGGGGAAUAUAUGUGACAAACGCCACUUUCCACAGACGUUUGCCACAGACUUCUGGAGGAGUGUGGAAGCUGGCCUCCUGCCCACCCACUAUGGGACAGGUCAGCGACUGUAAAUACCCAUAUUUAAGUCCCCCUGGUUUGGCAACUAUUUUCGGCAUCAAGACUUCGUGGUUCCCAAUCCGUCCCCAGCGGCCCUUAGCCGCAAUUCUAUGGAACUAUUUUUGACAUAGGACCGUGCGGUCGGUCAAAUUAUGAGUUACAGGAAAAUCCUAAACACCUAAACCGAUCUGGGUGAUUUUUGGAUAACUUUUAGGGGUUUUUAUGUAUUUUUAAGGUACUUUUGGGGUGUUUGGGAAAGGUGUGUUGUUGUUUUUUUGUGCCUGGAGAUAAUUGAGUUUAAUACAGUGCUUAACUCCAUUGUCUCCCAGGCACAGGGGAGGCAUUAACUUGUUUUGUAUGUAAAUGACCUGGACCUGAGAGCCAAUGUAAUCGUGUGUAUGUUUUUACUGUAGUCUACUCUCAGGUCCAGUGGGAGUGCCCCUUGCAUGGGGACCUGCAUAUAAGGCCAGUUGUGGCUGCCAAUAAACAUAUUCCAGCUUGUACUCCCUGAACUAUGUGUCGUCGGGUUACUGGGAAGGGAAAGGGCUAUUCUUUAAUCACUGUUCCAGUGUGGAGGAUUCAGCGGGGAAAGUUCUUGUAAGGACUAGAGCUCCCGGGACUGAGUAUUGUUACACACAGUAAUGGUUUCCGUGCUGGGAGGCCCUGGGUCACACAGUAAUGGCUGCCGUAGGGAGAGGCCCUUGGUCAUGCAGUAAUGGCCACCGUAGGGUGAGGCCCUUGGUCAUGCAGUAAUGGCCACCGUAGGGAGAGGCCCUUGGUCAUGCAGUAAUGGCCACCAUAGGGAGAGGCCCUUGGUCAUGCAGUAAUGGCCACCGUAGGGAGAGGCCCUUGGUCAUGCAGUAAUGGCCACCGUAGGGAGAGGCCCUGGGUCACGCAGUAAUUGUUGCCGUAGGGAGAGGCCCUGGGUCACGCAGUAAUGGCCGCCGUCCUGGGUCACGCAGUAAUGGCCGCCGUACUGGGACGUCCUGGGUCACGCAGUAAUGGUUGCCAUACCGAGAGGUCCUUGGUCAUGCAGUAAUGGCCGCCGUGCUGGGUCACGUUGUAAUGACAAUUAAUAUACAAGACAGGAGCUCGCUUGGGGAAGAUCUACUUAAAGAAAAUACAUUGCCUGCAAUUUAAAUAUUAUUUUAAUGACCUCCUAGCUUUACUACUGUGGAGCUCUGUGAUUACUCAUACACACUGCACAUUACUGUGAGUUUUAUUAACUCUGGAGCUCUGUGAUACACUCCUACACACUGUAUGUGUUUUACACAUACAUUCCGACCUUGUAUCAUAGAGGGAAGCAACUUAUAUAAAGACUAGCAAAAUGAUGAUACCAUAGCACUUGUAGUAUUGAUGUCUGUGUAUUAGGACACAUACCUCUCACCUCCUCCCGAUGUCUGUGUAUUAGGAGGAGGUGAGAGGUACGUGUCAUGAUGUCUGUGUAUUAGGAGGAGGUGAGAGGUACGUGUCAUGAUGUCUGUGUAUUAGGAGGAGGUGAGAGGUACGUGUCAUGAUGUCUGUGUAUUAGGACGAGGUGAGAGGUAGGUGUCAUGAUGUCUGUGUAUUAGGAGGAGGUGAGAGGUAGGUGUCAUGAUGUCUGUGUAUUAGGAGGAGGUGAGAGGUAGGUGUCAUGAUGUCUGUGUAUUAGGAGGAGGUGAGAGGUAGGUGUCAUGAUGUCUGUGUAUUAGGAGGAGGUGAGAGGUAGGUGUCAUGAUGUCUGUGGAUUAGGAGGAGGUGAGAGGUAUGUGUCAUGAUGUCUGUGUAUUAGGAGGAGGUGAGAGGUAGGUGUCAUGAUGUCUGUGUAUUAGGAGGAGGUGAGAGGUAGGUGUCAUGAUGUCUGUGUAUUAGGAGGAGGUGAGAGGUAGGUGUCAUGAUGUCUGUGUAUUAGGAGGAGGUGAGAGGUAUGUGUCAUGAUGUCUGUGUAUUAGGAGGAGGUGAGAGGAUGGUAUAACAUACUAACGCUGUUCUCCGCACACAGUUUGAGCCCCCUCCUGCCCGAAUCUGGAAUUGUUGAAGAUAUUGAUGUGGAAACUGCUCUUGAAACAAACAAGGAGCAAUUCUACCAGUUAAAGAGCCAACCCAUUGCGACAAGGCGAGUGUACUAGACAAAAAAUUGUGGCAUUAUACAGUGGGUACAGUCAGAGGGUGGCACAGGACGUACAGUGAUGGAUGGCAUUAUACAGCGGUUACAGUCAGAGGGUGGCACAGGACAUACAGUGACAGGUGGCAUUAUACAGCAGGUACGAUCAGCGGGUGGCACAGGACGUACAACGAUGGGUGGCAUUAUAGAGCAGACACAGGGUGGCACAGGACGUACAGUGACGGGUGGCAUAGAGCAGACACAGAGGGUGGCACAGGAAGCACAGUGACGGAUGGCAUUAUACAGCGGUCACAGAGGGUGGCACAGGAUGUACAGUGACAGGUGGCAUUCUAGAGCAAACACGGUCAGAGUGGCACAUUAAAGCCCAGGCCAAGAGUUAUAGUAAUAUGUGGUUUUAAUGCCAGUCUCAGAAUAUACCUGCACAUAUUAUGCCAACUCACAUGUGGGUUUUUUUCAUAGUCAGAACAAAGAGACUCCGUUAGCACCCCUACAGACACCUGGCACAAUGACAUUGCGGGUACUGCAACGCCAGCAGCUGAUGAGGGCUCAGACUCAGGAACAGGAGCGCAGAGAGCAGGAGCAACAGGCAGCUCACAACCUGAUAGAACGUGGGAAUCCUAUACCCGCCACACAAGCCAUCAGCGUUAACAAUGUAACCCGCCCCACACAGGUGCCACUAGAGGUACUAAAGGUGAGUUUCGUGGCAAGCUACCUGCAGAAAUUACUUUCAUCAAAAGACUCCUCAAAUACCCCCAACAUGCAUAUACAGGGAGACCCGAAAGUACCACUAGCAUGCGAGGGUGUCGUUCCCUCCAUAUUUAGACUCUUGUUUUAGGGAUGGUCUAUAUACAAAAUGUCUGCCCGACAUUGCAUACAGGGAGACCGAAAGUACCCCCACAGACAUACAGGGAGAUUCCCCACAGUACCCCCAAACAUAUUACAGGGAGAUUCCCAGUCACAUACAGGAGAGUACCCCCCAGCCCACAUACAGGAGCAGUACCCCCAACUGCAUACAGGAGAUUCCCCCAGUACCCCCAACGCAUACAGGGAGAUUCCCAGUACCCCAAGGUGUACAUACAGGGAGAUUUCCUCCCCAUCAAGUACCCACAACGGACAUACAGGAGAUUCCCCCAGUACCCCAACGCGCAUAUACAGGGAGAUUCCCCCAAGUACCCCCAAUGUGUACGUACAGGGAGAUUCCCCCAAGUACCCACAACGGUACAUACAGGAGAUUUCCCCCCCCCACCCCCGAGUACAUACAGGAGCGCCCCCUGAGUACCCCAAGCGUGUACAUACAGGGGUACUCCUCCCCCGAGUACCCCCAGCGUGUACCUACAGGGAGACUCUAUGAAGAACAAUUCUGAAGCAAGAUGCUAAACGUGGAACAAAGGGCAGGCAUACUCUAUUUAUUUCCUUGGUGACCGCUCCAUAUUUAGACUCUUGUUUUAGGGAUGGUCUAUAUACAAAAUGUCUGCCACGUUCAGACAUGGAGUGUGCUGCUAAUCACCAGUGCUGUGCAGCAUAGGAUUGCUUACCUCCUAAUGGCUAUCCACAAGCUCUCUAUAAACCUGUAACAUGUUUAUCUUACAUUGUAGGUACAAACCCACCUGGAAAACCCAACCAAGUACCACAUCCAGCAGUCCCAGCGCCAGCAAGUUAAGCAGUAUCUCUCCACAACCAUGGGGGCCAAACUGCCCCUUCUAGGCUCUGCUCCAGGUACCAGCACUGCCAACAAUGCUGGCACAUCUCCGCUCCCAGAGCAGCCUGCUAUGCCGUCAGCAAGCAGUGCCCCGAACAGUCCCCUGGCAAUGCUCAAAAUUGGCUCAAACUCCGAAAAAGAGGUGAGUAGCUGCACUCUGAUGAGACCAGUUAAUUGAAUAGGACUUUCCUGCUAUUGCUUAUAUUUAUCAUUAACCUUUUAGAUUGAUGAUGUCAUUGAUGAAAUCAUUAGCCUAGAAUCCAGCUUUAAUGAUGAAAUGAUGGGAUUUGUGGACAGAAGUCAGCUGCCUAGUACAGUAAGUCACUAAAUGGAUUCCAGUAACAAUGUGGACACACAACAAGUUUAAAUGAACAUUGGGCACAUCUUGCAUGGUAAUGGGGCAAAUAGCCUUUCUAUCUGGUGAUCUAGCCCUUCGUAAAGCCAGUGAUAAUGCCCUGAAAUUCAGGAAUACAUGAAAGAGUGGUCUAGAGGCCUACAUGUUGUUGUCCUUUCUCUGCCAAAACCACUCAGUAAAAAUACUGAAACACUUGACCUUGUCUGUAUUUAACCCACUGACUUUGCAUGCAGCUACCUGGAAAUAUUCUUGAUGUUUAUUGCACUUCUGGAAUGUCUGCCCCAGUGAUCACUGUGAGCAAUUCCUGCCCAGCUGACCUGACCAAUAUAAAGAAAGAAUAUCCAGGUGGGUGAAUGGAGGCUCAUUACCAGUUCAACAAAUCACUGAGUUGCCCAGAAAAUAAUCUAAUCCAUGUCUUCCUCUUUCAGAUCACGAAGUGAAAACAUUGUCCAAGGAGCGACAGAAGAAAGACAAUCACAACCUGAGUAAGGGGAUAAUUAAUGGGGAGGGACAGGGCAGGAGACUGUGAAUGGGGGACAUACAAUGGGAGAGUCUGUCCAGGAGACCGAUAAUGGGGGAGAUGGGCCAGGAGACCAAGAAUUGGGGACAUUCAGUGGGGAACACCAUAAAGGGAGGAGUCUGUCCAGCAGACUGAGAAUGGGGGAGCUACAGUGGAGGACACCAUGAAUGGGUGAGAUGGGCCAAGAGAUUGAGUGUGAUAGCGCUACAGUGGGGGACACUAUGAAUGGAGAAGUCUGUCCAGUAGACAGAGAAUGGGGGUCAUACAGUGGGGGAACCAUGAAUGGAGGGAAUGUCUUUAAUUGGGGACAUAGGCUUGGCGGUCCAUGAUUGGUGAGACUGGGUAGGGGAAUCAUGAAUGGGGCAUGUUACCACUAGUAGAGAAGAUGAAAGGGGAAGUGUAUGUUAAGACGUGAUUGGGAGGGGGUCCAUGAUUGGAGUAGCUGGAGCAGGGGGACCAUUAAUGGAGCAUAAAUGUAUGAUAUCGGCUGAGAAGAGUGUGAAUAGGACUAGGGGCAACGACCAUAAAUUGUGGAAUGCGGAAGAUGGGAAUAGUACCAUGAAUGGAAGGGGAUGAGGAGACCAUGAAUGGGGAGAUGGGAAAUAGGGAAAAUGGAAUCGGCAGUAAAUCGGGGACGUAAGCAGAACCUGAAUAAUAUGAUGAAAAUGGGGGUGAUUUAUAAUUUAAACUUCAAGCCAAUGGAUCUGAGCCAAGAGCCCUGAAAUUCUUACAAACGGUAUGUGUCACCAAACAUUAUCAGUGUAUCCUGAAUAUUCCAGCAAGUUAUAGCCGCGUGUUAAAGAACAGGCUGCUGCGUGUCCAGCUUGUAGUGUGGACGAGUCCUGCACCCUGUUUGGUUGGUUGUGUUUGACCAGCUGAGUCUGUUCUGUUGCUUUGGUUUAAGGAAACACAUGACUUCCUUGUGGAAUAGUGAUUAUCCCACGGCGCCUUGCGUCACGUUAACCCCUUCACUCCCUGUCAUGUCAUCCCCAUUAGAAUGCAGGGAGCGCAGUGUAUAAGCCGCCAUCAAGCUCCAGCAGGAUUUGCUCUAGGGACUUGAUCUAACUCUUAAUCUAGAAUAGAAAUCGGCCACAGUAAGACGGGAAAUGAUGGCCCAGCUCACACGGCUGGAUUUUAUCUUUUUAGAUUUCUUUUUAAUAUUUUGCCUUCAAUCCCAGUUUGGUAUCAGCAGAACAUACAGACAUUUCAUGUAUAAACACCUUUUUUUUUUUUGCCUAUAUUUUUAAUGUUUUCUCGAUCAAGUCCAUCACAAAAUAAUGCGUCAGCUCCGGCCCACAGCUUCUCCUUAAACCCAAUUAUGGUUGAUAUUUCCCAGCCGGAGCUGAAUUGUGUCACCUGUCCCCAGCAACUAUUUAAAUCACUGUGUAUUAUUCUCUGAUAGCUGGAGUUUAUUGUAGCUUGCUGUAUAAUCCUGCUGAGCCCAGGCAAUGCCUUUGCAUGUUGAUUGGUAGGUUUUUAUUUGCAACAAAUGCUUCCAUUCUUGUAGAAGACAUUGGUUCUGUCAUUAGUGGAGGGAAACGGAGGAGCAGUAUUCUUUAUAACGUAGUACGGCCCGGCCAGCACCAGGGUACAAUUAGCUCAUUCUCAUGUCUUCCUCCUGUAAGAGAAGGGAGCUAAAAAUGAUGUCCUGCACAAUGUUGUCUUUGUAAGUGUCUGGAGUGUGUCACAUAGAGCGCUAAACACUGGCUUUCCAGCUGAGCUCUUUACGUAGUUCCACUGACAGAAGUCUCCUGAAAGACUGGCAGCCAGUCUCCCCCUCUCUAUUACACAUAAUGGGGAUACAGUAAUCGAAUUAACCAGAGACGCAGUUAGUACAGAGAGCGUAUUUAUUCUGGGAACAAUAAAUGGGCAGGUAUAUAAAAACCGCACCCAAACCGGUCUGACCAGCACAAGCUUGGGCCUGCAAGAGAGAGACAGGCGUUCUAUAACCUACUGUGUUCACAAGACGAGCCGAUCCAGGCCACCUCGUUUCCCUAUAAUAAUACUUUGUUUCUGUAUUAUUACAAUAAGGAAGCAAUGUGAUUCCGAGGCUCUACUUGCCAUUGCAGACGAUUUCCAUCUUUCAUACGUAACAAAAUGUGUGUUUCUAUCUUCUCUUCUGUAUGCAGUUGAACGUCGGCGAAGAUUUAAUAUUAAUGACAGAAUUAAGGAGCUUGGAACAUUAAUCCCGAAAUCCAGUGACCCGUGAGUAGAAAUUCAUCCCCUCAUUAUCUCACAUGCGUGAUACCCCCGCCCACCCCCUUAUCUCACAUGCCUGUUACCUUCCCAUUAUCUUGCACACCUGUAACCCCCCCCCCAUUAUCUUGCACGCCUGUUACCCCCUCAUUAUCUCGUAUGCCUGUUCCCCCCCUUUUAUCUUGCGCACACACGUGACACCUAUGCUUUCUAUGUCUAUGAUCCCCUAGUAAAUUGUCCCCAGUAGCUGUUACCAUCCCGCUUUCUGUCCUCCUUUCUGGUUAUUGGUAGUCCUAGUCUGUAUGCUCUCCUCCUGUUCCUUUAGGGAGGUUCGCUGGAAUAAAGGAACUAUCCUAAAGGCGUCUGUUGAGUACAUCCGAAAACUGCAAAAAGAACAACAGCGUGUCCGUGAGCUGGAAGGCAGACAGCGCAAACUGGAGCAUGUUAACCAGAGUUUGAUGCUGCGGAUCCAGGUAACCGGGAGUACAGCUCUGUACACUGACAGACACUGAUAUUCCAAAUGUGUUUCUCACUUACUCUACAUGUCAUUUGCAGGAGUUGGAGAUGCAGGCUCAGAUGCAUGGACUCAACCCUCAUUCCACCAUCUCCACAGACACUCCUAAGACAGAGUCCACAUCCGAAGCAUUGUCAGACUUCUUCACCAACCUCUCUCAGCCCCUCAACCCAUCCUCUUUAGACUUGGGAAAUUCCACCUACUCUGACCCACUGAGUGACUUGGUGGACAGUAGCCUAAGUUUUCACCUCAAUCUGACAGGAGACUCGGCUAUUGAAGACAUUCUUAUGGAUGAUGCCUUGUCCCCAAUGGGCAGAGCAGAUCCUCUCCUCUCCUCGGUUUCUCCAGGUGCCUCCAAAACCAGCAGUCCACACAGCACCUUCAGCAUGGAGGACGACCCUUGACUGCAUUUAAACUUUUACCAAACUGACCCCAGUGCUGGCCUCCGAUCUACAACCAUAAGCCUAUAAAACUGACCUACAGAGCAAGUCCUGUCAAACAGACCCUGGAGGUACGCUCUAGGGUAGACCAAGUGUAGCCACAGAACACUGAUAUCUUCACCAAUUAGCUGUUCAUGAGAUUUCAUUUCCAUCAACCUUGUCUACUUAAUGGAGUGGUAGUGACGUUUUCAGUCCUGGGGUCUCGCCUCCCGUGGUUGUAAAUAUGUGGGUUCUAAUCUAACCUAAAAUGACAUUAAAGCAAGAAAGAACCGUGGUGGAAUCACUGGCUGGGCCAAUAAACAUUCCCUGGCAGAGUACAUACUGAAUUCAUAAGCAUUCUCCCUAGUGUGACUCCAGGUUACACAUAUAGUGGGCAACGAUGAAAUUUGGGUAUGCUUGAUAAAUAUGAACUUUUCUGCCCACAAGCACUCCAUGGAUUUCGUAAAACAUGCAAGCUUGCAUGUUCCUUCGUGUUAUUGGAACAUACUACUUUUAUUUUAUUUUUUGUUUCGGUUUAAGAUGUCCUCAAAUUUUCUUGAUGGUAAUUUGCAGUGCGUAGAAUGUCCCCCCUCCCCCAGACAUGGCAUAGGAAAAGGCGCUAAAGGAUGCUACUUUACAGGUAGUACUGUAGGUGGAAAGGCCUCUUACUAUACCAGAGGCUGCAGUAGGUGGACAGGCCUCUUAUUAUACCAGAAGCCACAGUAGGUGGACAGGUCUCACACCAGAGGCCACCAUAUGUGGGCUUUUCUCUUAUUAUACCGGGGGUCAUUAUAUGUGGACAGAUCUUUUACUAAACCAGAGGAUACAGUACAUGGACAUUAUUAUACCAGAGGCCGCAGUAGGUGGACAAGCCUCUUACUAUACCAGAGGCCACAGUAGGUGGACAGGUCUCCCAGCAGAGGCCACCAUAUGUGGACAUUUCUUUUAUUAUACCAGAGGCCACAGUAGGUGGACAGGUAUUCUACUAAACCAGAGGAUACAGUACAUGGACAUUAUUAUACCAGAGGCCGCAGUUUGUGCACAGAUCUCUCGUAUUCUUCAACCACAAUAAGUUUUUAUUUAAAAAUAAAAUCAUCACCAGAUAUGCUGUGACCGUGGGCUCUCAUGUCAGGGCUAAUGGUAGCCAUUCUGUAGAUGAUAGGUAAUGUUGCUAUGGAUGUUGUAUGAUGAUCCCAGGGCGAGCUUUGUGAAUGGGGCAAGAUGCAUUUUAUUGAUGCAGAAAUUAAGUGAUUGUUACUGCAGACAGAACCCACACUGACGGCAGAGUCCUAUCUGUCUAGCCACAGCGAGGUGCCGCCACAUUAUAUAACCCUCUUCUAAUAAUCCUGAGGGACUCUCUACAAAUUAAAAAGUCGCUCUAAAACUAGGCUGCACUGUUUAAGUGCAUGCCCCUACCUAGAUGGAGGGGGAAUGAGAAGCAAUGUGUCAUAUAAUGAAUAAUAGCUAAUGACAUGCCUGGAUGGGAUUAGUUAUAAUGUGGGGAAAUUUGCAAUAUAGCAGUGAGUGUGCGGUGACAGAGCUGUGAGUGUAUGUGGAGUGUGUGGCGACAGCUGUGAGUGUAUGUGGAGUGUGUGGCGACAGAGCUGUGAGUGUAUGUGGAGCGUGCGGCGAUGGAGCUGUGAGUGUAUGUGGAGUGUGCGGCGAUGGAGCUGUGAGUGUAUGUGGAGCGUGCGGCGAUGGAGCUGUGAGUGUAUGUGGAGCGUGCGGCGAUGGAGCUGUGAGUGUAUGUGGAGCGUGCGGCGAUGGAGCUGUGCGUGUAUGUGGAGCGUGCGGCGAUGGAGCUGUGAGUGUAUGUGGAGCGUGCGGCAACGGAGCUGUGAGUGUAUGUGGAGCGUGCGGCCACAGAGCUGUGAGUGUAUGUGGAGCGUGCGGCCACAGAGCUGUGAGUGUAUGUGGAGCGUGCGGCGAUGGAGCUGUGAGUGUAUGUGGAGCGUGCGGCCACGGAGCUGUGGUGUGCGUGUCUUGUGAUGGAGCUGUGAGUGUAUGUGGAGCGUGCGGCGAUGGAGCUGUGAGUGUAUGUGGAGCGUGCGGCGAUGGAGCUGUGAGUGUAUGUGGCGUGUGUGGCGACAGCUGUGAGUGUAUGUGGAGUGUGUGGCGACGGAGCUGUGAGUGUAUGUGGAGCGUGUGGCGACGGAGCUGUGAGUGUAUGUGGAGCGUGCGGCCACGGAGCUGUGAGUGUAUGUGGAGCGUGCGGCCACGGAGCUGUGAGUGUAUGUGGAGCGUGCGGCGAUGGAGCUGUGAGUGUAUGUGGAGCGUGCGGCGAUGGAGCUGUGAGUGUAUGUGGAGUGUGUGGAGACAGAGCUGUGAGUGUAUGUGGAGUGUGUGGCGACAGAGCUGUGAGUGUAUGCUGACUGUGCGCCCACAGAGCUGUGAGUGUAUGCGGACUGUGCGGCCACAGAGCUGUGAGUGUAUGCGGACUGUGCGGCCACAGAGCUGUGAGUGUAUGUCGUGUUUGAAUGGGACAGAGCUGUGAGUGUAUGCGGUGUAGGCGGAGUGUGCCGGGACAGAGCUUUGGGUGUAUGCAGAGCGUGCCAGGACAGAGCUGUGAGAGUAUGUCGUUUUUGCUGGGACUUACAUCCUUACUCUAUAUGUAAACGGAGUAAUGAUGUAUAAAAUAUAUUGGUGUGUGUGUGUGUGUGGGUGGACAGGGCUAUAUUUGUAUUGGGGGACAUUGUUAUGAGUAUAUUGGGGGGGGCAGGCCUCACCCCAUAUCUUCUUUGUGCUUCUAUAUAAUUUAGGAUUGUCAUGUAUUUUGCAUAUUACAAAAUUAUUACAUAUAGCUGCAAAUUCUUUAAUAAAACAUUUUACAUUAUCUUUAAAGUAAGACAAUUUCUGGUGUUAUAAAAUAUCUCUGGGAGGGGUGGUAUCAAAACCAUCCACAGCAGCAAGAACACUGUAUCCCACAACUCCCCAGGUACCAAACUGCAGAACAACACAGAGCCAUACCUCGGCCAGUAAGGAGAAUAUAGGGAGUAUGAGUGUAACGAAGGAGUCCAGGCCAUUAUGGAGCGCUCCACAAAUAGUCAUCAAAGCUAGAUCCAGGAUCUCUAGGACCUGUCUUUUGCUGGAAGGACUACCAUGGUUAUAGACCUUUCUCUGUAUACCUUCUCCCAUGUAGAAAGGCAAUGAUCAAUUAGCCGAGACUAUCUUCAGGGGAUAAAAUGAACACGUUUAUUGAUCACAUCUCUCUCUUUCUCUCCCUCCAUCCUAUCCCAUCCCAUCCAUCCAUCUUCGGGUCUUAAUCAUGUUAGUCCCAGCUAUAGAGGUAGACCUGCUAUGUCUACCCAGUCAGUUCCAGGCAUGUGGCUGGCUGGCUCUGUUCCUUCUAGGAGGUGUCCUGAGGCCCAACGGAAAGUACCCAAAUCCUAGAUAUCCCAGAUGCCUCCUUACCUUACCGACAUAUACUAGCACCGCAAUUGGCGAUCAGGGUACCAAGCAAC